UCUCUUUUUUUUGUUGUCGCAGAACUUGACGUCCCACCAACAACACCGUUUCUACUCUUUAUACCAACCAUAAACCGGCAAAAUGGGUGGCGCUGACAGAGCUGGUGGCAAGGCCAAGCCCCUCAAGGCUCCCAAGAAGGACAAGAAGGACCUCGACGAGGAUGACAAGGCUUUCCUCGAGAAAAAGAGAGCCGAGGAGAAGGCCCGCAAGGAUCUCGCCGCCAAGGCCGGCGGUAAGGGUCCCCUCAACACCGGUGCCCAGGGCAUCAAGAAGUCCGGCAAGAAGUAAAUAAAAUCCAUCUUUCGUAUUAUACUACGAACCGAACCGGCUACACAAUCGGAACGGGCGGAUAAGAUGCAUGGAUGGACGGACAUGGAGGAGCAUAAAGGAAAGUGCAGCAGUGUCGCACAACGGCGUUUUCACAGAGCAAAAGGUUUACUGGAUAUUUUAUGCGUGCAUUCCAGAACGCAGUCUUCCGUUGAUUGAUGAAUUAAAGCAUGUAGCGAGGAGCUUCAAAAGAUGGGAUACCACCAAAUGGGAAUAUACAUGAAUAUCACGUACAGUUUUGGACAUGUCCACGCAG